AUGCGAACGAUUUUUGUCCUAAUUCUUGUUUGUACCUCAGCACUGGCAGUCAGUGGAAAACAGAUUGUGCGUGGAAAGCGACAAUGCGCUUCUUGUCUUCAGAUGGAAGUAGAAAUGCAGCAGACAAUUCCUCUCUACCAGCAGCCAUCCUGUAAAUGCCCUACACAUUGUCGUUGCGCCGUCACGAGGCAGGGGACGCCAUAUUGCGCGUGCCAACCUGUCGUCUCGCCCAAAACGCAAACUGUCACCCAACGAAUCCCACAGACCCCAUGUAAUGCCUGUUCUCAAGCCUGCGCGUCAGCAUGCCGCGACAGCCAGCUAACCCCGAAGCAAUGUGGCUGUGAGAAAGUAUGUAGCCCACCAGCCUAUGGCAACACCAACAAUGGCGCCCAGGACCACAAGAAUGCC